CGUCACAGCUGAACGACACUUUGGUUGACUUUUAUGAAUAAUUCUUUCUCAAUGUCUUCUUCUGCCAUCCUAGCAGGUCGUAAACUCUCUUGUGGCUGACAGAGGCCAAUAUGACAAUUUGGUUGGCGGACAACAGGUUUGGUCCGCAUAUACCGUGGAGUGCAAUCAUCAAGGAAACUUAUCCGACGUUAGACUGGUAGAAGUCUAGCGAACCGGAAAGGAAAGUAUGAAGGGAAUUGCCUCAGGAUGAGAGCCGCCGAUAUUUCGAAUAGAGACUGUUCUUCUGUGUGAGUAUGGAAGCAGCGCAAGCGUAGAAGACGACGACUCGAGAAGACGAGCGCGUGAUAGAACCAAGCGCAAUGCAAGCCACGCCAUCUUGGCGAAUGUAAGUCGUAGAAUAAAGAGCCGUUUCCUUCGACGCCUGUUGUUCCCCCAGCCGUAGCCUUACAUCUGGCGCAGUCGACAAUGGACUCCCUCGACCAGACAGCAUGCCGUCAUGCAGACCUACAGCAUGCCGUUAUUCAACUGGACCGACGCAACGCCCAGUGAGUUACAUGCCUUGACAAUCGACUUUCUCAGAGCUGAGCUUGACCGCCGUGGAUUGGAAACUACUGGCCUAAACGAUGAAAUAGUGCAGCGCCUUCAUGAAGCUAUUUUAUCUGAAAGAACACAGCUUGCCGACAGUACAGAAACGCCGUCGUUGCCCGCCGGCACGUCACAGGCGCCUUCGGAUACUACCGCGUUGCUGGCAGCUUGCAUCCAGCAGAAUGCCCAACUUAUACAAAUGUUACAAGCUUCCCGACCGCAGCAACCACUGCAGGUAGCAACACUGCCAGACUUAUCAGCCUCUGUCCCUACCUUCGAAGAUUGCAAACACACGUCUCCUAAGCGGUGGAUUGAGGAAAUGGAAAAGACGCAACAAUUAGCGGCAUGGCAGGAUUCAACGGCGCGAGCAAUCGCAAUUAGUAAACUUCGUGGAACAGCAAAAGAUUGGCAUUUCUCGACGGGACAAAACUUCGACACGUGGACCCAAUGGAAAGCCGCCUUUCUUAAAGCUCAGCUACGCCGAUUUUCGACUGUUACAGAACAGAACGGUACUCAUACGACGUGUUCAUUAGGGAACACUGAUUAUGUGUGCGAAAUAAUUACCCCAAACUCUUCGCGGUUUUUGAGAAAAGUGAAUUUUUAGUUUCACCACGAUUCCGCCUUGAGGCUCGCAAACCCUGGGUGGACGUCACACUCGAGGUCCGGGAUUUUUUCACUUGGCAUGACAUUUGGCUUGGCUUCUUCCACCGAGCCGUGAUGUCUGCUCCGGAGACCGAAACAGUGAUGUAACAGUGAUGUGGGAUUCGUGAGCAAUUAUAUUUCUGUGGCUUUAUUGAACCAACGAGGAACGCAAUUUUAGCUUCCUUCGAUUGGGCCGCUCAGUUGAGAACAUAAAAGGAAAUUGCGAUUCGACGCCAGACAUCUGCUGUGUAUUUGUUCCCACGGAGAAGUGGAUAUUUCGGUUCCGACAAAUGCGUGUCAAGGCUGUAGAUGCAAGUGCCUUUCACGACCUUCACCUUGGAGAGUGACUUACCGGUGUACCUAUUGUGAGCACGCUAUCCCUGUGAAUAUUUCUCUACAGAGCGAAAUGUCUUGCUCUGACCUUGCUGGUUUUAAGAUCCAAGGGAGACAUCUCCUUGCGUCUGAGAGCACCGUGGGCGAACAAAACAACGAUAGAACAAGAAGGUUUAGGCUUCUACUAGUGACAGGCAGUGCUAUCACCUUUCCUCCUCGUUUUCCCAUCGCAGUCAGUGGCUUGGUGAAAGCAUUUGCUUGGCCGUCAGCACAAACGUCUUCCUCUGGCGCAUUUCGUGUUUCGUGCUGCGAACUGAAAAUGCGUGAGUGUUUCGCUCCCGGCUGCAAGAACAAUUCGGCAUGCAAUUCCGAUGUCUCGUUCCACAAGUUUCCGCAAGACGAAAGGGGAAGCUUGUGGAUUGCAGCGAUCGGUUAUAGCUCCGAUUGGGUGCCACCAUCGAGAGCAACGAUUUGCUCCGAUCAUUUCGCCCCUGAAUGCUACGGAAGCAACGCGGAACUAGAAGCGCAAUUUGGAGUCUCCAGACGAAGGUAUCUCAACCGGGAUGCUGUGCCGACGAUAUCUGCAGCUGCAAAUUGCGGAGGCAGGAAAAGACAGCGCAUGGAGACACAAGCUGAAGGUGGGAGUGAAGCUGGAAUGCCUCCUUUGCAGAAAGAAAGUGACGUUCAGACCACAACAGGCACCCUGGCACCGAUGGAAAAUUUGCCAUCCACAUCUGAAAUUCGUCCUCCUGUACUUCACUCUGGAGAGUACUGCCACCACUGUGGUCAGCUGCUCCCUCCAAGUUUGUGUACUUUGCCUUACAAGCCAGUGACACCCGCUUAAAUGGCGGUUCUGCUUCAGAAGUGCUUGUGCAGAUUCCCCAAAAGCAGAAAUCUACUGAAGUGUCCUCCAGCAACAAAAUGGAGAAGGAGGGACUGGAGCGGGCACUAAAUGCACUUGCAGAUGAAGGUGAAGACCUUGAUCACCGACAGGCACACGGAAAUCAAGGCCUUCAUGAUGACGUCACAUCCAGACGUGCAGCACCGUUUCGAUGUGUGGCAUGUAACAAAAGGUAUCCGAAAAAAGAUCAUUGCUGCAUCUCACUCAAAGCAGCACCAGGUUCUUCAAAAGUGGUCACCAACCAUAAUCAAUCACCUGUACUGGUGUGCACGAACGAGUGAUGACGAUGGCGAGCUAGUUCUGGCAAAGUGGCAGACUAUCCUCCGCCAUGUCAUUGACAUUCAUGAACACCCAGGCAGCCUACAUGAAAGGUGCGCACACGGGGACAUUGGUGAAAGGCUUUGGCUGCACGAAGGAACAGAGACUUUCAAAAGGUUGGAGAAAGUUAUUGCAUCUCCCUACCUUCUCAAAGACGUCCCAAAGCUUUCACCACAUAAGCAAACAUUUGGACUGGAGGCCUUCCACUCGGUCAUCAUCCACUUUGCGCCAAAGGCAUCAAAGUUCUCGAUUGAUGGCAUGUGUACUCGGACAAAGUUGGCAGCUCUCCACUUCAAUCACAACGCGGACAGGGAGAUUGCUGACUACAUACUAAAGUUUUCCAAAGCGCGGAAAACUUGGGCAGUUGCUGGGGUCAGAACCAAGCCCACUCUUGAGUAUGUCACAAAGCUCAUCGACUGCGUGCUGGACCUCUGCGAACAAUGGCCAAGCUAUGCCUCUGCUGCUGCUGCUUCAGCUCCUACGAGCUACGAAACUCUGUGCAGCAGGGCAGGUCCGAGGCCUCCGCUUCAAGAAGCCUUGGACGCCCACAAGGAAAGGUUCUCCCACUGACAGCACACAGCCUUAACAGAACAUACAAGUAGCGUCAAGUCUGCAUACUUCACAAGGUUACUCACGUACCUCUGUUGUGUCAAAAGGAAUAUUUUUUGCGGUGGAAAGUGAGUACAAAGCAGUAAGUGUGCAAUAAGUUUGUCAAGCUGAACUACGUACAAUUUUUUUUAUUUAAGAUGAGUGUCAGACAAUCGUACUUCACAGGACACUUGUUAAUCUGACAUUCUUGCUCUGCGAUCAUUUUGCUCUGGAAUCAGUUCCUCACAAUGUAAAUCUGCCUUUUUCAUAUGACGAUUCACUUGUCCAGCAGUGUAUAGACUUUUCGUACAAACGAGCUGAUCACAUGUAUCGUGUACUUGAUAAUGUGGCUGCCAGUCCCUCACCCCGUAAUACUCUGGACUUGCAAAUGCCUUCCUGUCUUUUCUAAUUACAUAUUGAAGUUCGAUGUACAUUUUAAGGAAGACCCGUAAUUCUUUUUGUCACAACUAUGCUCACAAACAAUAGCCCUAGCUGCACGGACUCACUUGUGCUAUGUUGAGCUGCAGUUUCGCCAAAGCGGCAGCAAAGGGUCAAAGUUAGGGGGGGGGAUAGACACCCUCCCCCUCGCUCAAGCGCUCAGGAAAUGUGAUCACGACUGGCAGGUAAUGCUCGUUUUGCCUGGUAAAUGUGCACGGAUUGGCAAAUUAUUUUUAUGUGCCACCUCCGAUAACCCCUCCCCCACAUAGAGGUCCACCUCCCCGAAAAAAAUUUCCGGCUAUGCUUCUACCUACCUCCUCAAUCACAUGAACUCCUAAAUGUAAUUUACCAAUGUCUCCUCUUUUACUGAGUAAUGGUGCAGCCUGUUUUGUGCAUCAGGAUUUUGUCCACACUGAAGAAGGCCUCCAUAUAUGCGCUGUAUGACACUGAUGAUACUGAUACAAUACAUAUAAGUCUUGAAAUUUAUGUCCAUUACCUGUGAUAUCACGUGUGGUAUGGUUAAUGAAGUCCCACUGUAUUCAUGCAGCAUAACAGCAUAACAAAGUAGCUCCAAGUGCACCUUGUAAGCAGUGUCAAUUUUACAUGAAUUUGUAUAUUCUUGAACAUUACAAGUGGUUCAAUUUGCAAUACACUCUAUACGUAUGUAGGGCGCUUAUCUUGUUCAGUGCAUGAUGCAAAUAGUUUAAUGCAGUUCAUUUUAGGCAAAUGAUAAGCGUGUCAUGUAACAUGCAAAACUGUGAUGAGCUAUGAAACCUGAGGCUUUGGACCCUGCCAGAUUUUCCCAGUGGACAUUACCCAUAGUAGAAAUUCUCAAGCACAUUCUUCACACAUUUCUUGUUCUCUGUGCUACUGUCAUUGCUAAAGCCUACAAACAAAACUGAGCAACCCAUGCAGAACAAAACAAAUGGACAGAAUUGAACGGUACCUCUGCAGAGUUUCAAGUGCGGAGAAGGAACAGCAAUGAUAUGUAGACCCCGGAUGCCAGACUAAUCCCUUCUUUUUUUCCUGAGUACUAAAAGUGCCUUUCAAUAUAAGAGUAUUGGGCCAAAUUGGGAGAUGGGUAAACCAGAUGCAUGGAUUCUAUUGUGCCUGGAAAUGUCUAUUUUGGCAUUACUGCCUAUUUUACCUUAAUGCUGCAAAUCACAUUUUUACCCAUGCUGUGUGUCUCCGUGUCAUUUUACUAAAGGUUCCGUAAAUGACUUUACUGUUUUUAAUCGUGACACAUUUAUACUUGGAACAUUGCCCAAAAUAGCACUUUGAUGACUGACUAGAGUUAACCUUGUAGCUGGAAUCAGUAUUGUGACGCACGUCCUUUUCAGAACCAGUUAUCACUUCAGAAAAGUAAUGGAAUAUUAGCUGGCAGUUUAAUAAUACACUGAAGAUGAUUAAAAAUUGGCCAGAUUGGAUCGAAUAUCUCAAUGUGUGAAAAUUCAAUUGAGGAAGCACAAGAAUAGCUGUAGUGUAUAUACCACUUUAGGAUAUCCUUUGAAACCCUGUAAUAUAUACAAAUCCAUUUUUUGAAAAACAAAGGUAUUGCACAGGAGCAGAAAGCAGGGCGCAUUAUUAUACCUAGAAGUCAGAAAGAAAAAAAAAGGAGGUGAAACGUUCAUAAGUAAGCCAUUUGUUUGCCUAUCAGACAAGAUAGAUAAAUUCCUCACGCAAAAGUACAGGGGUUCCAGAUAGGUGAAAGGAAUCUCUGAGCAUCACGGAAGAGUGUGACUAGCUUUAAAAUGAAAUGAUGUCCCAAAUACAAACGCUUCGUUGACACUUCAGUGCCACGUUCAUUUCAGUUUGUCCACCCUGUUAUUUGUUUCCCUUGCACUCAGGUUUUUUUAUUCGUUUCCACUAAAUAGUAAGUUUUGCUUUUCAUAUUUAGCGUUUUCCCUGUUAAACUUAAACCGAAGGAGUAGUACUGUUAGAGGAUACAGAAUCUUAGAGAAUAGAGUAAUCUUAGUAGAGGUAAUCUUACAGGCAAAAAUGGGAGAAGUCUAGCACUCGCAAAUGAAUAAAAUAAAUAUGUAAAGAGGUUACAACAUUUAUUUUACUAAAAAACAAGCUUUCGGACGGAGUCAGUCCUUCAUCAGGUGCGAUACAUUGAACACUUGGUAUAGAGAUAUUUAUACUAAUGUACAUCAGAGAAAGGGGACAACGAAGGUGGUGAGGAGGAAAUACAAAUUCUUGUUAGAGAGGACAGAGGGCUCGAAAAAGAAAAUAUAAAAGGAAGCGAUGUACAGUCGGAGCGUCACAGGAGACCAAGACCGUUGAGAGAUCUCGGGUGAGCAAACAUUGUAAAGAAGACCGCUGGAAGAAAUAUUACACUGCUGGGGUUUGAGAAAAGAUAACCAAUGGCAGCACUCGUGUUUAGCCUGCAUUCUAACGUACAGAAACUGAGAACAGGCGGUUCUUAGGAGUUUUGCAAAAGUGGUACAUUCUUAAAAUGGGUAAAAAAAAGGAAAGAAAAAGUAGCAAGAACGAGUACUUACAGGCAAUGUAUUUUUUUUAGGCAUCAAUUGCUCCGACUGAAAACAGUUUCGAGUAAUGUUUGAUAGUGUGGCGACCAAACAGGGCUGGCUGCACUGUGUGCUGACGAUUGCAUUUGUGUUGCACUGCUCAUCAAUAGAAUUCCACGGCUCAUUAGAAUGGCAAUCAUGAGGGUCAUAUGUCAAAAUAUUAGUAGAAGCAUUCAAAUGCAGUCAAUAAACCUGCUACAGCUGUCUUCAGCACUGUAUGGAACAAAGGUGAUGUCUGUGCAAAAGGACUCUACAAGUGAAUGGCACUGAGCUCAACACAUCUCUUACUACAGGCUCCCCUCAUUGCUGCAGUUUGCUUUUGCCAGCCAUGUCACAUGCCACAUGCCAAACAACGAAUUAAAUAAUCUUUAUCAGUCUCAGUGCUUGGAACAUUAAGAACGUCUAUGGAUCAUUAAAAAAUAUGGGGUUUUCAAAAACCGUCCACUAUACCGAUGACGAAAAACAUGACGAUAUCAAAUUCUGCAACACCUGCAGAGAAGUUUUACCAUGUAGCAUUGUGUAGGUGUUACAUAUCCCACAGACUUGGGCUCAUCCUUGAUUGAAAAAAAGAAUAAAAAGGACAGACACUUGUUUUUGUGCUUUUAGAACUGGCAAUACCGAAAAAGUGAAUUAAUUUAUAGUGCCUGUAGUGCCAUUUUUAUUGCCCAAAUUGAAUUUGUUAUGCCUAUGACAUGUGCCAAAGACAGAUUUUUUUUUGUUUUUACAUUAUUAGGGUCUAAUGGUAUACAAUUGCCUGUGUUCGAUGCUGGAGAGAGAGAACUUUCGUGAUUGUUGUUGUAGUUAAAAGUGCUGUGUGAUUUGUGAAGGGUGUAGUGCCUGGCUGUGCCUUCACAGUUCUACAUAAGACCAUAUCAUUGUGGUCAAUAUUGUGAAGGGGCUUAUUAUUUCAUUCCCCGCAUCACCACCUGCAAUGGGGUAGAGUAACGGCCCUGGCGAUGGAACUCCGCAUUCAUCAUUCAUCGUCUCGAAAUAAAGUUGUUGUUGUUCCAAAAGAGAACAUGAUAAAGGUUACUUUCAAGAACCGGACGAAAGCCAAACUGGAAGAAGCCCAAUGUGAUUUCUAUGCUCUGUGUUAUGAUUGCUUUCCAAGGAACAGUAAUUCAGAAUUGCGGGACAGUAGCUACAUGAAAAAUCUUACACCCAUAGCUAUAUUGUAUACUUGUGUCUUCAUCCCGUCGCUCAUUGUGUCACCUGUAGUGUUGUAACACGUAUAUGAUAAAAAUAAAUUAUGAUAGUUGUAUUUUUUUGCAUAUAUUUGGUGCAGUGCAUUGUUCUUGGCUACUAUAUGUGUUCUGUAGAAAAUAUAAAUAAACAAAUUCACCACUCAGCAACACUCUUGUCAACUGCACAGAACUACUUUGAUUUUCAUCAAAAGCCAUGGGUAAGAGCUUG